AUGUUCAAGAGUCCGGUGUAUGCUUUGAUAUGGAUACUGUUUGCAGUCCUUGGUUCUGUCAGAGGUGACAAUCAGAUCUCUCUGUCAAAGCGAGCGACGAUCGACUUGGCCAUUACUGCUAACUUCCCGGAUCCGAGCAUCAUCAAAGUCAACGGCACCUGGUACGCAUUUGCUACCCAUACUCGAGGCACCGAUAUCAAGAUUCAAGUAGCUCGAUCUUCGAAUUUUGAUGAUUGGUCGAUAGUGAGGAACGCAGAUGGCUCGCAGUUCGAUGCUCUACCUAUACUUCCAGCUUGGGUGCGGAUGGCCAAUUAUCUGACGUGGGCUCCGGACGUCCAACAGUUGGUGGGUGUUCUGUGUCUACAUGGAGUUGCUUGUUUGCUGACUUGUCUUCAGGAUGAUGGUUCCUUUAUCAUGUAUUAUUCAGCCACUGCGGCAGCUAGGCCUGAUGGAUCGAAACAUUGCGUCGGCGCUGCCACUUCCCCAACGAUCCUGGGCCCAUAUACAGGCCUGACUGAUGCGCUUUUCUGUCCGCUAUCCAAAGGAGGCGCCAUCGAUGCCUCUGGCUUCAAGGACAGGAAUGGCAAACGAUACGUCGUAUAUAAAGUCGACGGUAAUUCGAUUGGUCACGGNGGNGCUUGCGGCAACACUGUCGCACCCAUCGUAGGCACGCCACUGAUGAUUCAACCGGUGGCUGCCGACGGUUAUACCUUUACUGGAAAUGCAGCUGCUCUUUUGGACAACAACGGUGUCGCGGAUCAGGGCAUCCUGGAGGCCCCAGUAUUGACACGUUCUCGAGCCGGCAUCUACUUUCUCUUCUUCAGCAGCGGUUGCUUCGCCACUUCGGGAUACACGGUCUCUUAUGCAACGGCGACCAAUCUGAUGGGACCAUACACACGUGCAAAUAGUCCAUUAUUCGAGACUGGAGACGGGAACGGACUCAAAGCUCCUGGCGGUAUGUCGGUCUGGGGCGAUAACAGACACAUGGUCCUUCACGCAAAUAAUGCAGGUGGUCGUUCUAUGUAUACCACUCUGAUAGCGCUCAAAGGAACGGAAGUCAUCACCAUUUGA